AUGAGUUCUUAUUAUGUGGACGGUCUUCUUAGCAAAUAUACUGCGGCCAGUUCUCUCUUCCCAAACGCAGAGCGGGCGUCUUGCAGUAUUGGACCCAGUGGAGAGGACUAUGGCUCGGCUCGGACUGCCGCGGCCAUCGCGUUUGCACCGUCCCUGUCUGGGGUUUACAGCGUUAAUAAUGCAGUAUACCAGAGCCGCCCCGUGUUUACCUCGGGCUAUGGCCAGGGCCAGGACGCACACACACUGCACUGCAGCCUGUUUGACCAGAGCCGCCUGUUCAGCGACAGCUGCUACCACCCGGAGCCGGGACCUCUCACCUCGCCGCCGGACAAACAAUACCGGAUGUACCCCUGGAUGAGAGCAUCAGAUACAGGCAGAAAGCGGGGGAGGCAGACCUACUCCCGGUACCAGACCCUGGAGCUGGAGAAGGAGUUCCACUUCAACCGGUACCUGACCCGCAGGAGGAGGAUCGAGAUAGCGCAUGCCCUCUGCCUCUCGGAGCGACAGAUCAAAAUCUGGUUUCAGAACCGCAGGAUGAAGUGGAAGAAAGACCACAAGGAGGAGCCGGUGUCGAUCCCCCCGGGAAAGAAGGACGGUGAUAUUCAGGCGGUUUCAGAGACCGGAGAGCCCGAAGGUGGAGACAUCCGGAGCGCCGGUUUGGAGUCAGAAGCAGCUGCGAAGUAA